AUGUAUCUUCAAGUUGGUGAGUGUAUCAUUUUCAUUCAUUUUGAUUACAAGGGAUGCCAGCAAAGUAAGCCCAUUAAUGUCAAGCUUCAGCCUCAUCCAAUACCUGUUCUAGCUGCUGCUCCAUUAGAUCAGCUUUCUGUCGAUCUGUAUGGCCCUCUGCCUCGAGCUUUUGGCUCGUGUCAAUAUGUUAUGGUUGUUUUAGAUGUAUGUUCAAAAUUCGUUCAACUCAUCCCAAUCCAAAAAGCUACAGCUGUUAUUGUCACACGCAAUUUCAUUCAAAAAUAUGUUAACAAAAUUGGCAAACCGAAAGUGGUUGUUGCUGAUCGAGGACCCUGCUUCCGCUCAAAAUACUGGGAUACAUCUCUAAAAGCCCUUGACAUCAAUCCUAGACACUCAUCAGUGUACCACCCUCAAAGUAACCCUGUCGAGAGAUAUAUGAGAAUCUUGGGCGAUUUCUUCCGAAUUUAUUGUCACCAAAGCCAUAAAAGCUGGAUUUACUAUGUUUCAUUUCUGGAACAAUGCCUCAACAAUAGCAUAAGCGACAGUACUAAAUUUACUCCAGUAGAAAUAAUGUUAAACACACCGCCCACAAAUUUCUUGCAAAAUUUUGUAGCAUUUCCUCCUUUCACAGAAAGUUUGAGUCACCCUGACAAAUUAAUCCUUGUUCAAGAGAAUUUGAAAAAGAGUGCUCUUAAAAGGCAGAGCAAGCGGGGCCCUCAACCAGCCAACUUACGUUUCAAAGAAGGUGAUGAAAUACUCCUUAAAUCACAUCACUUGUCUAAUGCUUUAUAUGGUGAAAUAAAAAAGUUUUUCAGACUUUAUGAUGGUCCAUUUGUGCUUGGCCACCCAGUAG